AUGGAUACUGCAUCAGAUUCUGUUUCUGAAGGUUUCUCUUCACCAGAGCUAUUGCAACGCAAUUUGGAAUCUUACCGAUCGAAUUCUCAACUCAAAUUUUCUAUACAAAAUAUUUUAAGUCCUGAAUUCGGAAAACAGCAUGAAACAGUUUCCAAACCAUGCGUGUCAACAACUCCUGACAAUAUAAACACGAUUUUUCCAGCUUGGAUUUAUUGUACACGGUAUUCAGAUCGGCCAAGUUCAGGGCCGAGAUCUCGACGUACAAAACGGAAAGAGCCUAAUUUGAAUGAUGACGAAAAACGACCACGUACGGCAUUUACAGCUGAACAAUUAGAGCGACUUAAGCAGCAAUUUAUGGAUAACCGAUAUCUGACCGAAAAACGACGUCAAGAAUUAGCUCAUGAGUUAGGCCUAAACGAGUCACAGAUCAAGAUUUGGUUUCAGGUUGGUUAA